UAAAAGUGACGUUUCCAUUUUUUAAGUUCCAUUCAAAAUUCUUUAGAAAUUAUUUCUGCGUGUAUUUUGUAUAAUUUAAAUAUAUUUUGCUGGUAAAAUAACGAAACAACAUGAAUUUAUGCAAAGUACCUGUUCCUGUCGACGAGGGCGAGGGAGACAAUCGAUGGAUUAGCAUUCACAACCGGUUUCUCACUGAAAGUAAAGAAAAAGACGCCGACGUUAUUUUCAUAGGAGAUUCUAUCGUGCAAGCCCUACAACACACGGACGUCUGGAACGAAUUGUUCGUGCCGCUACAUUGCUUAAACUUCGGUAUACACAGAGAUAAAAUAGAGAACGUCUUGUGGCGAGUUCAAAACGGCGAACUCGAUCACGUUAAUCCCAAAGUUAUAGUUCUUCAUGUAGGUACAAACAAUUACUCGAACACCCCCGAGGAAAUCAAAGACGGGAUAGUAGAGAUAGUAGAUUUAAUUAGACAAAAGCAUCCUAAUGUAUAUAUUGUUGUUCCCACGUUGCUGCCUCGAGGGCAACAGCCGAAUCCGGUGAGAGAGAAGCUGUUGAAGGUGAACGAGCUUCUUCCAACGGCCAUCGAUGGCCAUUCCAAAGUAGAAAUAGUGAAAAUCGACAACGGGUUCGUCAGGGCGGACGGGACGAUCAGCCACCACGAUAUGUACGAUUACUUGCUGCUGACCAAUUCGGGGUGCAAGAAAGCCUUCGAGCCCGUUCACGAUCUUCUCUUGCAGCUGUUGAACGAAGGGGAGACGGAGAAGGAGUUGGAACUGGUCUAUUCGGAAUAAUGGCUGUUGUCAAUUCGGCUGGCCCAUAAAGUAUUUAUUAUCUCGAGAUCUUUUUCCGUUCUAUAAAGGUUUUUGUGGAUAGAAAUGUGAUACAUAUGGGUAUUUUGUGGGUAGCCGGGAGAAAUAUUCAGGUCAAUGCAAAUGCCUUGUACUUUUCUGUUGAGUGAUAUUAUUUAUUUUGAUACAAAGUCGAGAACCAAAUUUUGCUAAAUGUUAAUGUGCGAGUCGUUAAAUAACUUUUUUGAAUAUGUGAUACUCAAGACUUGAACACUGUCGUGUACAUUCUUAAUUCAGCUGGUUUAUUUUUCAUUCCAUUUAAUUUAUUUUCAUUGCUAAGUAAUUAUUAUGUGUAGGUUUAGAUUGAUAAAUUAGUGAAAUUGCGCGAAAAGCUUUGAAUUACUUUUUUUUUAGGAUGAAAUCCUAGAUUUUCAAUGGUUAAUGUACUUUAUAAGUUACAAUUUAUGAUUUAAGUUUAAGCACGUUUUUUACAUAGUUUUUCCUAUAAUGUUUAGAAACUUUUCUUAAUUUAUUUUUAUCCAUCGAGAUAAUAUGCAGAAGCAUUAGUAUUUUUUUAUCAUAUUUGUUGAUUUCUUUGGCUUUUUCAAAAAGCUCGUAGGUCUUAGUACUUAACACGUAGAUGUAUUAAUUGCAUUUUGUUCGGAAACUUUUUUGAGCUUAAGAAUUCGAUUUACCUUGCAAUUUAAAGGCGUCGUCGUCGUUAUCCCUUUUACUUUUUUUCCCAGCCAAAUAAACUUAAACGAUAUUAAAUGAAGCUUUUUGGCUUACAUUUUUCGACACUGCUCAUGAUAUAUACCAAUAAAAUUUGUAAUUUUG